CGUUAUUGUUGAUUCGAUCGUCUGUCUGUUGACUGCAUAAAAGUUACCAUACGUUCCAGUAUACGUCUGGCAGUAGAAGUGAUACUGGCUCUUCUUCGAGCCUAAUGGAACAUCGUUCCUUCCAGUCAGUGUCGUCUGCGAUCGUAUUACACAAAUCAAACAUUCGUCACAAACGUGACAAUUGCCGAAAACAGCAAAUACUGCUCCUAUUAUUAUGUUGUUUAAACGGGUCUUUGAAGGAAAGUCCAUGUUGAACGCCGACGCCAAAAAUAAGUCUCCGGAGAAAUGUUCUAGAAGGAAGUCCGAAUGCGAUGGCUGUAGCGAACAUUCCACCAUUCUGGAAGAAAUGAUGAAGAUGGUGAUGCUUGGUGUGGUGCUUUGGGCAGGCGUGACAUUUGGAAGCCAUGUCGCUCCAUAUCCACUUAAUUUGUUGAUCACAACAGAUACAAUACAUCCGCCGCCCAUGUACGACUUUCCAUUUCCAAGUCCGGAGAAGUUGAAAAGGUUACCACCAGUUACUACCACGCUUACCAACAGAUCUAUAGAUAUAAGCAAACUCAGUGUUGCCUUAUUAGAGAGAUUAGAAACAAACCUCCAAGCUGCUGGGAUUACCCCGAAGGCCGGAUCACCAGCUCAGGGGCUUGCUAUUCUCGGAUCUCCAUCUGGUGACGCUAUGCAUUAUCAAGAAUCGUCAAUGAUUAUUACUAAAGCAUCGCAGAAUUUAGUUCACAGCAGAUGUGAAAGGUAUGGUCUGGCAAAUGAUGAAUGCGCGAGUUAUAUAAGCACGCUUAACCUGCGCGAGAGCAUGUACGGUGGAGAGUGUGCCGGACUGGAGCGGUUCACGUGUAGAACACAGAUGAUGUCCUCUCGGUACCGCUCCUUUGAUGGCUCAUGUAACAACCCUGUACGGUCAUCGUGGGGACAAGCUUUAACUGGCUACAAACGGUUAUUACACCCAAGAUACGCCGACGGCAUCGAACAGCCACGCCGAGCCAUUAGUCACAAAGCAUUACCUUCUGCCCGUGUUGUUAGCAAUAAGAUGGCUAAUAAUUUAGAUAGGCCUGAUGAUAAGAACACCAUAGCUUUGGCUGUUUGGAGUCAAUUUGUAUACCAUGAUUUGGUGCAUAUACCUGUUCGCAAAACAAUUCAUACAAAGCAAGCUAUCCGGUGCUGCGAUAACACCGGCUUUAAUCUGAGCCCUCGGUACAUUCACCCUAGUUGCAUGCCCAUCUCGGUGCCUGACAAUGAUCCCUUCUUCAAAGAUAAAUAUGUCUCUUGCAUGGAAUAUACAAGAUCGGCCACUACCUACCGCGGAGAUUGCACAUUUGGAGCGUCAGAACAGAUGAAUCAAGCUACACAUUUCCUGGAUGGAUCUCACAUUUAUGGCACCAAUGGCCGUGAUGCAGCCCUCUUGCGAGAGAAGACUGGUGGUCUACUUAAGACGAGUGAUAUAGAUGGAGAGGAACUAUUGCCGUUAGCUCUAAAUCCUACCGAGAAGUGUCUUGUUGAAAAUACAUCAGGUGUUUGCUUUAAUGCGGGAGAUGUACGCGCCAAUAUUUACCCAUGGAUGAUCAGUCUUCAAUCGCUAUGGGUGAGAGAGCACAAUCGGAUUGCCCGUAAUUUGGCAACUCUCAACCCUGGGUGGAAUUCUGACAAAUUGUACCACGAGGCUAGAAGAAUCGUAGUUGCUGAAUUACAACAUAUCACAUACAAAAAUUGGAUUCCGGCCCUUACAGGAAAAGUAUUCGAUGAACUAUACGAAGGUUACGACACAGGAUACAAUCCCGACGUGAAUCCAACCAUCACCAACUCAUUUGCAACUGCAGUCUUUCACUUCGUUAACAGCCUUUUAGACCAAGAUUUAGAGUUAUUAGAUGAAAACAACAAUGUCGUAUCAACGUCCAGACUUAUGAAUAAUUAUUUCAAGCCCGAGAUUCUUACACAAAAAGGAUCUUUACAGAAAGUUUUAAGGGGAAUGGUCAGCCAGAGAAGUCAAAAACUUGACUUCAACUACGAUGAUGAUUUACGUCAUCACUGGCUCGGCGGUUUGGAUGUGUUGGCUAUCGACAUUCAACGGGGUCGCGACCACGGACUUCCUGGGUAUACACAAUAUCGAGCGCUGUGCGACCUAACCCCAGCGUCCACUUUUGAGCAAUUGUCUGAUGUCAUGCCACAGGAGACGGUGGAAAAACUCUCUCAACUGUAUGAGAAUCCUGCUGAUAUUGACUUAUUGGUGGGCAUUAUGGCAGAGAAUCCUUUGCCGUCAUCAUUAUUGGGACCUACUGCCACCUGUUUCUUAAAGGAGCAAUUCUGGCGUACCCGUGCUGGAGACCGCUAUUUCUAUACGCACGUGGAUGAAGCUGGCAGCUUCACCAAACGGCAGUUGUCUGAAAUCAGGCGCGUCUCUCUUUCAAGACUGCUGUGUGACAACGCUGGUUUUACUAAGGUCCAGCGAGAUGUAUUCCAAGUUCCUUCUGAAAGCAAUCCUUUAGUUUCUUGCGAUGAAAUAAAGAAGGUGAAUUUAGAAGCGUGGCAGGACCCAUCACAGCGGCCUGAUAUUUUAACACGUACCACAAAGUGGAUUAAAAACAAAGUCGGUACAACAAACACCACAAAAUAGGCUAAAACAUCAAGCGUUAAUUUACUCUUAAGUUAUUUAUAAGUUUUAUAUUCGUAAGGCUUUUGUCUGUGGUGCAAGUUUAACUGUUAUCAUGUUAAUCAGUAUUUCGUUUGUAAAAUUUAUUUUAAAACUUUAUUACAUUGGAAUUAUUAAGACUGAUUUGUAAUAAGUACGAUUCCUAUGAAUAAAGAUCUAUUUACUUUUAAUAUACAUUUAUUAAGAACUUUGGCUUUCAUUAACAUCUUUUCAUUAAUAUCCUUUGAAAAUUCCUAAUAGUCCAGUCACAAAACUGUAUUCAAGAUAUUUCAAUAUUUAUCUUAUCGCGAGUUUGUUCAACUUGCACCAUAGUUUAUUCAUAGUCGAGUAAAUACACAGUAUUGUGGUUGUCUAUGGGAGUGUUUCUAAUAGCUCCAGUAUGAAAAGUUCUUUCCUAUUUUAUUCAAAUAUCGAACAAAUACGACUUGACUCGUAUGUAUGAUUUAUAUUUAAGCGUGUUUGAGACUCAGACAUAAUGGUUGAAAAAUGGUCGAUUUGAAUGGUUGAAAGGCUUAUGAAACAGUACAUUCAAUGGUAAAUAUGUAUUACAUUUUGUAGUUACAUUUGGCUGUGAUUCUGUCAACGUGGGCAUAAUGUUUGUUUGUCAAAAAUGUCUCUCUAAAUCUAUAGUUUUCAUUUUCGUUUACAUUUCAGUCUUAAUUAAAAUUAAUUUAUUAUCAGUUUUAAACAGACCUACUUACUUCCAGUGAUUUAUAAAAAAAGGAUAAUUUUUGAACUCCGACGUUAAUAUAGGUACCAAAAGUUUAAAUGCUAUAAUAAGUACACAUACAGACAAAUCAUUGACCUUUGUAUAUGUAUGUACCUUUCAUGGCAUCGUGGCUUCAAAUGGACUCACAAAUAAGACUGCAUUAUAACGAUAUAUCUAUUUGAAUAACUCGUUUUUAAUGUAGUCCCAAUUACUAAUGACUUUUAAUAGAGAUGACUCUUAGCUAUGUUUAAAUUAGUUUAUUUGAUCAGAGAUUUUUAAAUUUAAAUUUUAGUACCUUCUGUAUGCUAAGACUGUAAUGUAUCACGCGUGUAAUGAUCCUUUAUAUGUAUCACGAUUCAUAUGUUAAAAGAUCGUGGUGGUGUAUACCUAGAACAAUUAACACUUACGGAAGAGUAGUGUAAAGGGAUAUAUUACACUAUGAAAGACUUAGGUUUAAUACAUAUUUUAAAAUUACAAUCAUAUAUGGGAAACUGAAGUGAUUUUUAUUAGAUGAUACAAGAACUAUACAAAUUUGUAAAAUAUUUUAAUGAAAAUAGAUAAAUAAUGUGGUAAAUUAAUUCAGAUAUAACCCUAUAUGUUCAAUAGUGUAAUAUGCCUCUAGUUAUUGAAACAUUUAACAGUUUUACGAUAAAAUUGCGUGAUUGUAUGGUUGGUUUACUAGAUUUUAAUGUUAAAUAACAAGAGAAUGUGACCUUAUUUAAUUCAGGUAAUAAUUAUAUGAUAACUAUUUAUUUAAAAGUGAUAUAAAACUAUUUUAUUAUAUAACGUUUGAGGCUGUGAUAAAUAUUUUUAUCUGCAGGCCCAAAAUUUUGAAUUGGUUUUUAAUUAUGUUGAUUUAUAAUCAUAAUGAUCGUGUACUUAUAUAAUGAACUUAAAUACAUUAUAUUAUGAAAAUUGUAUAUUUUAUUUCUCUAUGAAAUAAAAUGUUAUUUAACAGCUGAAUUAUUUCUCAUAUAGAUAAAGUCGUAUUUUGCAUUUUUAUAUUAUAUGCACAAUGCAAUACACUGCCAAAGACUUGUAACAAAAUAAGUAGUUAUGUUGGUUUUCGAGUAAUAUAUUAGGUAAAAAGGUACGUAAACAUGAGACGAAAUCUACAUUACCUAAAUUAAAUGUCUUUAAAUUUUUAUUCGAAUCUAAGUAUUUUAGUAGACAGUCUGAUAUACAUCGAAGCAUGUCAAAUAUAAAUAAACUUUUUAAGUAAUUUAGAUAGGUUUAUCUGUUACACAGUAUUUCAUUACCAAUAUUGAAAAGUUUAUUUCUUUUUUAAUGUCAUUUAACUUUGUUACAAUUGACGACGUAACUAUUUUUUUGUCGAGCUGUAUAUUAAAUUGUGGCUAGGUAGUGAAAUUAAUUGACACUGAACUAUUAUAAUUCUAACAAUAUUUAAAACAUCUAGUGUUUGUGAAGAAAUAAAUUCAUCUCUUUCUCUGGUUGUCUGUGUGUACCUGGAUCAGAAAUAUCCUAUUCAUUAUAUCUAUAAACGUCUAUAAAUUAUUGAUACUACAUGAUCUAAUAAUAAUUUUAUUUUUCACGAAAUACUGUGUAUUUUUUUUGUACGUUGUCAAAUAAAACUGUUCAACUUUAA